CAUAGAACUUAUAGUAAUGGAAGGAGAAUACGGCCGACGAGCUGUGAGCAAGAUCUAAAGGACAGAACUAUCUUUCUGUCCUUCUCAGGGACUUUUCUUCUCUCUGCGCAUGAUCACGCUUCACCAAUCAAAAUUUGUAGAUAUCGGAGGAUUGUUUCAGAUUGUUUAUAUCUAUCACUUUUAACGGGAAGAUAUUUUCUGUACGUAGAGUGAGAUUUUAUUUUUAUAUAAAAUGGUUAAAUAUUGUGUUUUGUGUGAUAAUCGGGAUAAAACAGCAUCUUAUCACAAAUUUCCACAAGAUGUACAAAUAAAAACAAAAUGGUUAAAAUUUUGUAACUUGGAUGAAGCUAUUCUUAGAACUUCCACUUUUUUAUGCUCCAAUCACUUUACAAAAGAAGAUUACCUUCUUACAGCAACAAAUAAAAUUUUAAAAAAUAAAAGCAUACCAUCCGUUUAUCAUAUUAAACGUAAAAAACGGAGUCUAGAUGAUAAUGAUAAAGACUGCAAGCAUAAUAAGGAAAUUGCUAAACGUAAGAAAAGUGAAUGCUUACUAAAUAUACAUGAAGAGGAAUCAUGUUCAACUGUAAUUCAGCAUCCAACAGAUAACAAUAUCAGCGAUGAACCAACUCAUGAAAAGGAAUCGUGUUCAACUAUCAUCCAGCAUACAGCAGAUAACAAUAUCAGCGAUGAACCAACUCAUGAAAAGGAAUUGUGUUCAACUAUCAUCCAGCAUCCAGCAGAUAACAAUAUCGGCAAUGAACCAACUCAUGAAGAAUCGUGUUCAACUAUAAUUCAGCAUCCAGUUGAUAACAAUGUAAACAAAACUCCAGAAAAUGAAAAUUUAAAAAACUCCAGAGAAAUUCAUUAUGGUACUGAUGCAGUAUUGCCGAUAAAUGUAACUCCUCCAAAUUCUCCGCGUGAAGCACGAUAUAUUGGUGAUAUUAGAACACCACAUUUAGCCACCACACGGAGAGCUAAAAGAGCAUUAAAUAUAGCAAAGCUAGUAGUAAAAAAACAAAGGAGAAAAAUUUUAACAUUGCAACAACAAACUACGAGACUGAAAAACCGUGUUAAAACUAUGAAAGACUUGAUAGAUCAUCUUAAGAAGAAGAAUUUUAUAUCGGAGAAUGCUGUGGAUCAUUUAAUGGUAUAUCAAGAAGUUUCUAUAUAAUAAUUAAACGUAAAGCGAUAGCAUUUUCAGAUAAAGCAGGCUCACUCGCUUUGAAUUUUAUUGCUUGUAUGUUUAAACAUAGCAUCAUGAAUAAUUAUAUAUAAUCAAUUAACUGUAUACUGUAUAUAAUCAAUCAACUAUAUAUAAUCUAUAUACAAUCUG